UUAGAAUGUAAAAAGAAGUCAGUUUCCAUCAUAAAUAGUAGUUAAAAUUAAAAAUAUUAUAAUUUCGUUUUUUAUCUAAUAUCAUUCUUUUAUUUUGGUAAGAAAACUAGUUUACAGAACAUCCAAUAUUAUUGAUCUUGCUAUUUUUAAACAAUAAACAACAAAAAUCUCCCAUCCAUCACCAUCCACUGCACAAAACAUGUCUGAAGUAAACAUAGAUUUUACCAUUUAUGAGCAUUGAAGAAAUAGAAUUUGAAACAGGAAAUGGUAGCUGUUAAAUGGUAGUUAAUCUGUCAGUAAAAAUGUCGAAAGAUGUGAUGAAAAAUUGGAGUCCCUAUGCAAAAGUUUAUGAACCUCUUAAAGCUGGAAGUAUUGAUGGUACUGAUACAGAACCUCAUGACAGAGCUAUUACACGUGCAAUUAGGUCUUAUUAUGCACCUCCACCGCAGUUUGCUUGUAAAUCAGUACCAUCACGUACGCUAUUUGUUGCUCGAUUUAGUCCCAAAACUACCAAACAACAUUUGAUUGAGCUAUUUUCAACGGUUGGUGAAGUAAUAUCAGCCAAAAUAAUCGUUGAUAUUGUAACGGGACAGUCUCAGUGUUAUGGAUUUGUUGAAAUGUCUACUGAUGAUGAAACUAGAAGAGCUGUUAGACGAUUAAAUGAGGCCAGUUUAAAGGGGUAUAAGAUAUUUGUUGAUUUUGAAUGUGGAAGAACUAUGGAAGGUUGGAAGCCUAGAAGAUUAGGUGGAGGUUUUGGUGGAAGAAAAGAAUCUGGUCAACUAAGGUUUGGAGGACGAGAUCGACCAUUUAAGAAGCCUAUCAUAACUAAUAUCAAAUCCAAUCAGAAGUGAUACCACAUAGUAAGAAUAUUAUAUUACAUAUCUAUCAUAAAUAUCCAAUGUCUGAUCUAACAUUAUACGGACCAUAAACUUCAUUUUUUCAAAAACUCUAAACGUCAGAGAGAAAAUUUAUUUGUACAUAUGUCUUGCCUAGAUCAAAGUUAACCAAAAAAAAAGUAUGUGGCACUAUUUCAAUUCUAAUGUAAAAUAAAACUUAAUUCAAUUUUC